AUGGCCACGUGGGAAUCGAUUGCAGGAGUGGCGGUGAACGGCGAACAGCACUUACUGGUGAUAAACGACGUUCUGGAACCAGCAGUCGAACUACACGCGGCUUACGAAGCUAUGAAGGAGGAAGAAAAAAGAAGGGAAGAUGAGAAAAUUCAAGCAUAAGCAGUGAAGCAAGCGUUACCCAUCGCACAAAAAAUAAAAACAAUUAAAAAAAACA